AUGUUAAUUAGAUUCAGAUCUAAGGAUGGGAUGCAAAGAGUAUCAUGUGAACCCACAGAUACUUUUGGCACAUUAUUAGACAAACUACUUCCACAUUUAAGUGCAAAUGUGGAACCUACCUCCAUUACGGUGGAUAACAAGCCCGGGUCUGCUGGCAAUUCCGUUCUGGAACUCAUUGGGAGAACAGUAGCUGAUCUUGGAUUGAAUCAUGGGGAUAUUGUGUACGUUAAUUACCAAGAGAAGGAGGUGAAUACUGAAGGUCCGGCAUCGGGUUCAUUAGCAAUAACACCCGUUGGUUUAUCUGCUAAGAAAGCUCAUUCAGCUCCUAUCAAGGAAUUAGAAGUUGAUGAGGUGUUAGAUAAGAAACCAGGAUUGAUCCCACGGAAGAGAUCUAACCUUUGCAAGCACGGUGAUAAGGGAAUGUGUGAAUAUUGUUCACCAUUACCGCCUUGGGAUAAAGGAUACCAUGAGGAGAACAAUAUCAAACAUAUUUCCUUCCAUUCAUAUUUAAAGAAAUUGAAUGCUGCUACUAAUAAGAAGGAAUCUGGUAGUUCGUACAUUGCUCCAUUGUCUCAACCAAAUUUCAAGAUCGACAAGCAUUGUACUAAUGGUCAUGAACCAUGGCCUCGUGGUAUUUGUUCCAAAUGCCAACCUUCAGCGAUUACUUUACAACAACAGGAAUUUAGAAUGGUUGACCACGUGGAAUUCCAAAACAGUGAACUGAUCAAUCAAUUUAUUGAAUCCUGGAGAUACACCGGGAUGCAACGAUUCGCUUACAUGUAUGGAUCGUACGUGGAGUACGACUCCACUCCCCUGGGGAUCAAGGCGUUAGUGGAAGUAAUAUAUGAACCACCUCAACAUGAUGAGCAAGAUGGGCUGACUAUGGAUAUGGAACAAGUUACGAAAGAGAUGGAACAAUGUGAUAAAAUGGCCGCACAGAUGGGACUAAGUCGUAUCGGACUAAUAUUUACAGAUUUGACAGAUGCUGGGAAUGGCGAUGGGUCCGUAUUUUGCAAGAGACAUAAGGAUUCCUUUUUCUUGUCUUCACUAGAAGUCAUAAUGAGUGCCAAACAUCAAUUGAGACACCCUAAUACCAGCAAAUAUAGUGAACAAGGAAUAUUUUCCUCGAAAUUUGUUACAUGUGUUGUGUCAGGUAAUCUAGAAGGUGAAAUUGACAUUUCGAGUUACCAAGUGUCCACGGAUGCAGAAGCUCUAGUGGAUGCAAGCAUGAUUGGUGGAUCUACACACCCAUCGAUGGCAUACAUAAAUGAAACGACGAAGGAUCGCUAUGUACCUGAGAUAUUCUACAUGAGGAAGAACGAAUACGGAUUGACCGUGAAGGAAAACGCCAAACCGGCGUUCCCCGUGGAUUACUUGCUAGUGUCAUUGACUCAUGGGUUCCCCAGGGAUGCCUCAGAGACCACAGGCAAGUUCCUCACGGUGGGUGGGUUCCCCUGGGCAAACAGACAGUCCAUGGGUCAAUCGCAAGACUACCAAGAGUUGAAGAAGUACCUGUACAGAGCUGCCACCUCGGGCGACUUCAACGAGUUGCAUAAGAAGAUCUCUAACUUCCAUCUGCUGCUAUACAUCCACACGCUCCAAAUCCUGAGCGAUGAGGAGUGGAAACUGCUAAUCACUGCAGCAGUGGCUCCUACAGACUCCUUCGAGAACUCGCUGUUGCCAUUGAUCUCCAGUGGAGGCUGGCAGACAUUGGUGUUGAUCUUGCAAGAAUCCUCCUAG